AAAAUUAUGCCAAAACCAUGGCGCAGGUUCUAAACCUACGCCCUCCAACACCGUCGCUUCGCCGCUCCUCGUCAACCCUUCCGAACUCAUCUCUUCGUACUCUAUUCAGCAGCACUGCCCACCGCCAUAGCUGGACUUCCCUGCAGCACAAGAUAAAAUGCAGAGGCAGAUUUUCUUGUCUCUUCUCAGACAAUCGCAAACAGGAAGAGGCCAGGAAAGCAUUAGAAACUGCACUUGGCGGAAAGAAAACUGAGUAUGAAAAAUGGGACAAAGAAAUUAAGAGGAGAGAGGAAGCGGGUGGAGGAGGUGAUUCUGGCAAAGGGGGUUGGUUUAGAUGGGGUCGAUGGUUUGGUGGAUCAGAUGGUGAUCGUUUCUGGCAGGAAGCACAGCAAACAAGUCUUACUGUCUUAGGUAUUAUUGUCAUGUAUCUGAUAAUUGCGAAAGGUGACGUGUUGCUUGCUGUCAUCUUCAAUCCAUUGCUGUUUGCUUUGCGAGGAUCAAGGAAUAGUUUCACUUUUAUAACAUCACAGAUUCUUGGAAAGGCAUAUCCUGCUAGUCAUGCCAAUUUUGAUAAUACUCCCAAGGACCAAGUCUAUACCGGUGAAUCUGCUAAAGAGAGAGUAGUGAGAAAAUGGGGAAGUGAUUGAUAGUUCGUUUCAGAUGCAAAUAUCAGUUUGUUGUCCACAUGCUGCAUCUGGUGGUUAGCAUUGUGGCCAUGUUUGUUUGUUUGUUUUUUUUUUUUCCUGAAUUGUGGAACUUGUAGAACAUUCCCAUUUAUCAUCUGAGGUUAAUGUGGCAUGCUUCACUUUCAUGCUUGAUGACUACCCCAAUUUUAUGGCAGGAUUUUACUUGCUACUUUACUUUCUAGAAAAG